AUGACGAUGAGCAACCUCGACAAGGACGAUUAUCCCGCGGAAAUUCUAGGGUACGCCGAACCAUGGAUUGUUGCCCCUGGUGACUCCGUAAGAAUAAAGCAUCAGAGGAAGUCACGGAAAUCCCCAGAGAGCAACGCAGGGGCAGAUUCCAGCUGUGGAUUCUCAGUCGUCCUGAACAUGCAGAAUUCACUUGACAUUGUUAUUGGCACCGGUCUCGAAACCGGGCAUGAAGUGUUGCGCACCGACCUCAAACCCCAGAAGAAUACCUGGUCAAAGGUCACGCUCACCAUUAGCGGGAGGUCAGUCCGAAUGACGCUGGUACACAAAUCAUUCCAUGUCGAACCGAUUCCACCCCCCGGGGCCUUUGAGAAAGUCAACUGGCUCAUCGGUGAAGCGCUGGUGUCCGAGCCAGGACCCCUGAUAAUUGCGGCAUGCCCGAGCGACCGCAACAGCAACAAAUACAAUGGUCCCCAUCCCCAGGUGACCGACUUCUUCAACGGCCGCAUUGAUGGUCUCACUUUGACAGCAAAGGGUCCGCAGCCGUCAAUUCUUGCCAAAUAUGACUUUUCACUUGACAUCUCAAGUGACCGUAUCAUCGACGUCUCGGGCAGUGGACAUGACGGUGUUCUGAUUAACGCACCAAGCCGAGCUGUCACCGGACAUGACUGGGAUGGAUCUCAGUGCGACUGGACGCGGGCAGAGCAUGGAUACGGCGCCAUACACUUCCAUGAAGAUGACCUCGACGAUGCGGCGUGGGACACGGAUUUCACGAUCAAGAUUCCGCCGAGUGCACGCUCUGGCGCCUACGCAGUCGAGGUAGAAACCACGAAUGGGCGGGACAGGGACUCGAUUACUUUCUUUGUGCGGCCGACACAGUGGACGUCGGACAUUUCCGAGAAGGUCUGCCUCGUCCUUUCGACGUUCACGUACCUGGCCUACGCCAAUGAGCGCUUGCUCGACACGAGCAGCCAUGUGUUCGCGGACGACUUCGACGUCGAGCAAUGUGAGAAAACCAGCGAGUUUUACAAGAUUCGCCGCCGUCGUGAUCUCGGCAUGUCUCUGUACGACACCCACAAGGACGGUUCAGGCAACUGCUUCUCGUCUUCCAAACGCCCCCUGCUGAACAUCUGCCCAGGAUAUGUGAUGUGGGCGUUUUCUCGCCCGCGUGAAUUUUCGGCUGAUCUCAUGAUGAUCGGAUUCCUGGAGCGGGAGGGCAUUCCGUACGAGAUCCUCACCGACCAUGACCUGCACUCACGGGGAGCCAGCUGCCUCCAAGGCUUCAACACCGUCAUCACAGGCUCUCACCCAGAGUACCAUACUUUGCAAUCUUUCGACGCUUACAGCGGGUUUGCUCGAGGUGGGGGGAACCUGAUGUAUCUCGGCGGCAACGGAUUCUACUGGGUCAGUGCCGUUGAUGUCGCCCGUCCGCAUCGAUUGGAAGUGCGCCGAGCCGAUGUUGGAACCCGCACGUACACGCUCCCUGGAGGAGAGCACGUCAACAGCCUCGACGGACGAUGGGGCGGUCUGUGGAGGUCACGGGGCAUGAGUUGCAAUAUGUUGUUCGGGAUCGGAUUCAGCGCACAGGGUACCGGCACAGGCGUCCCGUACCGCCGUACAGAAGCGUCCAGAGACUCAAAGCUGGCCUGGAUGUUUACAGGGGUGAGCGAGGAUCUGAUUGGUGAGCAUGGGCUCGGGGGUGGCGCAUCUGGAGACGAGAUUGACCGUUUCGAUGUUGACCAAGGCAGCCCCGAGGGCGUGUUGGUGCUCGCCACGAGUACUGGCCACAGUGAUGAGUUUGGCAUCGCUGUUGAGGAUCUCAUGUUUCCGGCUAUCAAAACCAUGGGGACUCAGACAGACCUGGUUCGCAGUGACUUGGUCUACUACAUUGGCGCCAGUGGCGGGGCGGUUUUCAGCGUGGGAAGUAUCAACUGGUACUGCUCGCUUGCAUGGGACGACUACGACAACGACAUUGCGCAACUCACUCGGAAUGUCAUCAGAGGCUUUCUGGGUGGGAUGAACUGA